CAUGGCAAUGUAUUGAAUCGUAACGCAAUAAACAAGCCGCCGCUUCGCAUUGCGCUUCAUGCACGCGCGUUCAAACAGGAGUCUGUGUUACUCUCGCGCGUGUUUUUUUUACUGUUGCAUCGGUAAUAACAGCACCACACUGACUUGAAGACAGCAGCAGGCAGACAAACGCGUUUUGCAUCUCCGAGCGGAGGAAUAUCAACAGAGUUGAUUUACUGUAAGACUUGUUGUUCUGUUUUUAAAGCGGGGUUGUUUUUACGAUUGACUCGUAAACACGUAAACACGUGCGCGCGCGUCCCUCGCAAAGGAGAUACAAUCACGUGUUUUGAUUCUCCCGGACUCGCAAUCCCAAACAAACACGGACAUCAACUGAAAGUUUCCCCUCAGGAAUGAGACCUGGUAUGGCCGUUGUUCAUAGAGUACUCUGAAAACCAAGGCGAAAACGGUAUUAAGUCAUGAUGCAGGAGUCGGCCAAUGAGACAAUAAGCAACAGUUCAAUGAGUCAAAAUGGAAUGAGCAGCCUAAGCAGCCAAUUAGAUGCUGGCAGUAGAGAUGGAAGAUCAAGUGGGGAGACGAGCAAUGAAGUAAGCGCAGUCGAGCUGCUGCAUCUUCAACAACAGCAGGCCCUACAAGCAGCAAGGCAAUUACUUCUACAGCAACCAGGCAGUGGCCUGAAGUCUCCAAAGAACAACGACAAACAGCGUCCGUUGCAGGUGCCAGUAUCUGUGGCGAUGAUGAGUCCACAGGUGAUCACUCCCCAACAGAUGCAGCAAAUCCUUCAACAGCAGGUUCUGUCCCCCCAGCAGCUCCAAGCACUCCUACAACAACAGCAAGCAGUCAUGCUUCAGCAGCAACACCUGCAGGAAUUCUAUAAGAAACAACAAGAACAACUUCAUCUACAGCUUUUGCAGCAACAACACCCAGGCAAACAGGCAAAAGAGCAACAGCAGCAGCAGCAGCAGUUGGCAGCACAGCAGCUGGUCUUCCAGCAACAGCUCUUGCAAAUGCAGCAACUGCAGCAGCAACAGCACCUGCUCAACAUGCAGAGGCAGGGCCUCCUCACUCUGCCGCCCGGCCCAGGACAGCCCACCCUCCCAGGACAGACUCUACCUCCAGCCGGACUAAGCCCUGCCGAACUCCAGCAACUCUGGAAAGAUGUCACCGCCAGCCACACCAUGGAAGACAAUGGACUAAAACACAGUGGCCUGGACUUGAGCACCACCAACUCCUCCUCCAAUGUCUCCACCAACAACUCCAAAGCUUCUCCGCCCAUCACCCAUCACAGUAUAUCCAACGGCCAGUCCCCAGCCCUCAACAACCGAAGAGAGAGUUCACUGCACGAAGAGACCGGAGCAUCACACUCCCUCUAUGGUCAUGGGGUGUGCAAGUGGCCAGGAUGUGAAAGUGUUUGUGAAGACUUUGGGCAGUUUUUAAAGCACCUUAAUAAUGAACAUGCUUUGGACGACAGGAGUACCGCUCAGUGUCGUGUACAGAUGCAGGUGGUACAACAACUAGAGAUACAGCUUUCUAAAGAACGUGAGCGUCUUCAGGCGAUGAUGGCACACUUGCACAUGAGACCCUCAGAGCCAAAACCAUCACCAAAACCGCUGAAUCUCGUCUCCAGUGUUACCAUGUCUAAAAACCUCCCAUCUGUCUCGCCCCCCAACUUACCUCAGACGCCCACCACGCCCACAGCCCCAGUCACGCCUCUUUCCCAAAUGCCCCAGGUGCCCUCCGUUCUCAGUCCCGCCAACGUACCCAGCAUGGGUGCAAUGCGCAGACGUCACACCGACAAAUACUCCAUGCCCUUAUCUUCAGAGAUAGCCCCAAACUACGAGUUUUACAAGAACGCAGACGUCAGGCCGCCGUUUACUUAUGCAACCCUCAUCAGGCAGGCCAUCUUGGAGUCAGGCGACAUGCAGCUAACGCUCAACGAAAUCUACAGCUGGUUCAUGCGCACCUUUGCCUACUUCAGACGCAACGCCGCCACCUGGAAGAACGCCGUGCGACACAACCUUAGCCUGCACAAGUGUUUCGUCCGAGUAGAGAACGUGAAAGGCGCCGUGUGGACUGUGGAUGAAAUGGAAUAUCAGAAACGCAGAUCUCAGAAGAUAACAGGGAGCCCGACGCUGGUGAAGAACUUGCCGUCUAGUCUGGGUUAUGGGGCGGCUCUCAACGCAAGCUUACAGGCUGCGUUGGCGGAGACCUCUUUGCCGUUGCUGGGUAAUCCGGGCUUGAUGAACAGUAGUGCGUCAGGUUUAAUGGGGGCGAGCCCUCCAGGACUUAUGUGCGGAAGCCCAACCGGCCUAUUACAGGGUACCACUCACGAAGAUCUUAACGGCUCGCUAGAUCACCUGGACACCAACGGACACAGCAGCCCUGGUUACUCCCCACAUACCCAACUAUUUGUUCUUGCAAUGCCACAACAAAUUACAGGGAUGCAAACUCAUGAUUGGCGAAAAAGGCCUCCAAUUCACGUCAAAGAGGAACCACUAAAUUUGGAUGACGACGACUGUCCAGUGUCAUUGGUGACUACAGCCAAUCACAGUCCUGAGCUGGAUGACGACCGAGAGCUUGAGGAGGGCAACCUAUCGGAAGACCUGGAGUGACUAUUUUGCCCCACCCCUCCACUGGGGCCCUGCCACUUUCAGGGCCCGCCCUCUCAAAUAAUCCACAACCACAGAAAUGUAAAAGACUGGAAGCAGGGGGGAAUAUUUAUUUAGCAUGCAUCUGGAGACUGGCCCAAAGAAAAUCUAUACCACAGAUCUUUAGGGACCACAGAUGGACAGACAUGGGACGUCUGCUUUUUAAAAACAAAAGAAAUGGACAUGAUUUCAUUUUAAACUGCUUGGCCACACAACAAAUACAAGGCUCAUGGACCAACUAAAGACAAAAAACGGGAAUGAGUCCGUUCUGUAGAAAGCUAACGGCCACAUAUACUGCCAAAAAAGAAGUUUUAAGUUUGUGAAUAUCCAUGCCACAGUAGUCGUCAAUGUUAGAUGCAAUUGCUGGUUCAAUUAAAGUUGUUGCUCUGUUAUUUUUUGCACAUGAGUAGUAUCAAAAAUUAGUGUCACUGCCUGUAUGACAGAAUUUGAAAAAGAAAAAAGCAGUAUUGUUUUUGGUCGUUUUCUUUUUUCAUUCUUGUUUUUGUCCUCCUGCAAUGUAGCUUAUGUUCUUUUAAGUCAUGUUUGCAGCACCACCAACUGUAAAUGGCAUUUCUAAAGUCACGUCAUCAACACAACCGUGGUAUCACAGCUGUUUUAGCCAUCCAAAUACGUAAAAAAAAACAAAAACAAAAAAAAAAUAGAAAUCCAGUCGCACUAGCUCUAUUUCUGCGGAAAAAGUAUGUGAUUCUAAGUUGCAACUUAAAACUGUUUGUGCGAGCACCGUGCAAAGACAAAAAAAGAUGCGUUUCUGCAUAUUCUUCUAGUCUUUUUACCUCCUUGUUCUAAAGCUUUGUCUACCUGCAAAGAGUCACAGGCGACAGCUAGAAACCAAAGCCAACACUAUCAACGGCCAAUAGCUUAGACAGAAGCACGCCAGACUCUUUGGUUAGCCUUCUGUGACUUUAACGAGUACAAAGAGAAGCUUUUUUUCCCAAUAACUACCUUCAAAUAACCUCUGGGAUUGUCUCCUUUAGCCCUGUACAAAGAUUAAAAGGAUUUUGAUGUAAUUUGAUUGACAGAUGAAGAACUCACUCUAACCUAGUGAUGUCGGUCAACCCUGAUUCAGCUUCCAUCAUGUGGUUCGGGUAGAGCAAGAGAGCAGCUAUAAAUGGAUCAUGACCAAAAUAACCAUUUGUGUAUCAGUGGAAGUGCAGAAAAAGUUUUUGUAUUGCGUUCAAUUCUGAUUAUUAUUUGCGUGACCCAUCUCGUCAUUCUUUUUUACUAGUGUAAUGUACUGUUCAUUGUGGCUGUCCGAUGUGUCAUGUCUUAAAACCGUACUUCCUUCAGAGCCGAAACCGAAAAUAUCGUAACCAAACUUUAAGAUAUCUAGUAAAGCCAAAAAAGUCAUAAUUUCAAGUCGAUAUGAAAUGAUGUGGCUUGGUUAUAUUGUAAAAGCAAAUAACAUAGCCAUUACGGAAAGGGAGAAAUCCAUUUCUAGCUGAUGUUUGCUUUGCUCCAUUGAUUCAGACAUUGUAAAAUUCAUGGCUAUAUAGACACAGCUAGUGUUGGAUCAUGGGAAGGUUUGUGGUUUAAACCAUGUAUGGUGUAUAAGUAGCAACCAGUUAUUUGAGAUUAAUUUAGGAAAAACAGGAAGAGAUCAGUCGCUUUUAUUUGAACAUUGCUGAUGUCAUAAUGAAAAGCGGUUGUUGCUUUAAUAUUCGUUUCUGAUUUCAGUCAAACCAAAGUUACACAGAUUUCUGCCUCUUCUUAUGUAUCGGAUGGAGAUGAAAAUGACGCAAAAGCAUUUUUUUUUUCCACUCUCUUUUUACUGUUUAAAUACCAACCUAUCCGAAACAGAUAACUGCUUUGUAUUGUAACUGAAAAUGUAAACGUUUGUCUUCUUAUGUGUAUGGAAACAUACUGUGCAGUUGUUCCAGUUUUGUGCCAAACCGUGGGGUUGGCUGCUAGUUAAGCACACAAACACACACUUACACACACACACACACACACCAGUAAGAUACCAGCUGGGCCCAGGAACAAAACUUAUCCCUUAUCAUUUGCUGGAGUCAGCAAAUUGACUUGAAGAUGACAUUCAUAAUAAUUUUAUCACACCAAAUACAAGGACGCAGCGUCUUUGAAAAGGAAGAUACAAAAAAGGGUUCUCCCACUUAUCCAAAAAGGCUUUCUACCUCUUCACAAAACUUUUUGAACAAAAGAAAUGGCAGAUUGCACGAGUUGUUAGAAUACCACAAACACUGACAUUUUCCGCUUGAUUCAUCUAGGACAUUGCCAACAGCCAGUUUACAUUCCCAAAGGCAGAUAUUGAAGGUUUGCAUUGAAAUAGUUUGUCUUCAAACAUUUGUAGAAUGAAUAUGUAAAAAAAAAUACCUGUAAGAGGAUAUUGUGUUAUUAAAAAAUGCAUGUCUAAAUUAAUUUGGUGGACUGGAAAUAAGAAUUAAUAAACGCAUAUAAUAAAAGUCAGGAUGAUGGACUAAGUAUACAGUGCAUAAAGUGUGCAUACCUCAGCUAUACUGUUUUUGUUUUGUUUUGUUUUCUUGGGGGGGUCGACAAAAGAAACUCUCAGCCACAGAAUGCAUAUUACCUGUAGAGUUUGCAUGGGUUUUGUAAAAACAUUUUAAACAAAUGUCAAAUAGUUGCUUGCACAUAACACCAGAAAGAAAAAAAAAACCUCCAGAUGGGCAAUCUCCUACAAUAGAUUUUAGGAUUGUCUGGAUUUUUUUUUUUCUGGGAUGAAUUUGUCUGUAUUUUGAUAAUUGUGCAUAUUAUGUAAAAAGAUGCAAAAAAAAAAAAAAAAAUGUUGGUGGACCCAUGAAUUUACCAGACAUUUUUUUAAGCUAAAAAAUAUCAGUGUUUCUUUUCUGAAUUUCAUGACUUUUUACUGUUCUCUCAUUGCUUGCUAAGAAUAGCAAACCUGCUUUUCCUGCAUCUGCGUUGCAUCGCUGUAAGGCUUUUCCUAAUGUGUGUAUUUAUUGCUUGUACCUCUGUGCAUACGUUCUGACGCAUUACGUCUGGCCAGCUGAGUCAUGUAUCCUUUCUAAUACUAUCAUUCUCCGGGAAUAUGAAUCCCCUAUAUAUACAGUAAAUUGAGACUGUAGCAAAAACAUGUUUAUGUAAUUGGUGGAUACCUUUUAAGUUGUUUUUGCUUUUUUAAUUUGGUUUCGUUUCUUCGAAUCGAGACACAUUUUUGAUACUUUUCAUUACCGUGUACUGUGUCCAUAUGUUAGCGAUUUCUGUGCGAGUAGAGGUCGCGAUUGAAGAACUGUAACGGACGUUAUUAUUUUCUGUAUUCAUGGCUUUUCACUGCUGAAUAAA